UUCCUGCACAGCUUUCUGAAGCAAGAUACAAAAAUCAUUAGUUGUUGGUUAAUUUUAGCAGCAUCAUCUGUAUCUGCGUUCGGCGAGGCAAAGCCAGGUUGCCAGGCUAAAUGCGGUAAUAUUAGCAUCCCUUACCCAUUUGGUAUAACUACUGGAGGUAGAGCAAGAGGGUGUUGCAUUCAAGGAGGGUAUGGGAAUCAUAGCUAUCAUAUUAACUGUGAUACUUCCUAUGAUCCUCCCAAGCCCUUUAUUGGUACAGAUCACUUUGAAGUUUUAAGUAUAUCAGAAACCGAAAUUCGCAUAUAGAAUUAACGAUAGCAAAACUAUGUUACGAUGUGUCUGGCGAUAUGGUGCUGAAUAAAUCAAGCAUCGAAUAUGGAUGUCUAGUAACUCCAUUCGCGUACUCUACAAAGAACAGGUUUUUUGUGGUCGGCUGUGACUCGGAAGGGUAUAACACUGGACACCACCUGCUUAAGGAAAAUGAAUACUACAACGAGUGUAAAACAUCAUGCGACAGUAAGGAAAAAGUGCAAGAAGGGGGUUGCAAUGGGCACGGGUGCUGCAACAGGACCGUCCUCAAGGGGACAAAAAUGUUUUGGACAGAAGUGGAUCAAACUGAUGGCACCACCUUCUUAUCUUUCAGUCCCUGCACUUAUGCGUUCGUAGAUUACAUCCCUGGGUAUGGCUGCUCUUGCUCUAAAGGUUACAAGGGGAAACCUUAUCUCAGUCCUGGAUGCCAAGAUGUAAAUGAGUGUGAGGAUAUAAACAACAACCCAUGUAGCAAUAAUGAACACUUUCCGAUGCUAAGGGUAACUCUUGGUAUUGGUUUAGCUCUCUUGUUUAUCAUUGCUGUAUGUUCUUGGAUAUACUUGAUCGCAAAGAAGAGAAACUUAGUCAUACUAAAAGAAAAAUUCUUUAAGCAGAAUGCUGGUUUGUUAUUACAGCAAAAGCUAUUGUCGACUUAUGGGAGUGUGGAGAUGUCAAACAUCUUUACGGCGAAUGAGCUGAAAUUAGCAACAAACAACUAUGACGAGAGCCUGAUUCUCGGACAGGGAGGUUUUGGGACAGUUUAAAAAGGAACCUUGACUGAAGUCCA